AGCCUCGUCGCAGAAGUGCUCGCUCAACGUCUGCAUUCGCCUCCGCCUCUUCUCACUCUUCUUGCUCUUCUGCUUCUCCUAAUGCUCAUCAAAGUCGUAACAGACGAGCUGUGCCUGAGUCCAGUGAGGAUACAGGCUCUCGGGGCAAUCGAGCACCUCGUCGAUCCAGGUCACCACAUGGUGGCAUGA